AAGCUCAAGAUUAAAAAAUAAUAAUUCAUAAACUCCUUUCAAAAGGUAACUAUUGAAAUUCAAAUCUAAUGGAAACUAUUCUGAUCGAGGUGCUUCAUAAUAGGAGUGCUAGGGUGAAAUCGAAUCUCGAAAGUGUUGUUACAACCUGAUGUAUGAGCUUCGACUCCAAAGUCCAGGUUUUGCACAAGAAAAACAAAAUCAGUUAACUUUCUUUUUCCGUCGUGAUUUAUGGGACGGAAUGGCCGUUUCCUUUUCUUCAGCGGCUUCGGAAUUCCUUGGCAAAAGAUUGUAGGAGAAAGUAGCUGUGAUGAAGUAAGCCACCACGCCGGUAUAUCCCCCCAGCAACAAGCAGAGAGGCUGGGCAAUUAGGAAGAGACAGGCCACAUUCACAGCGGCUCGAUUAUCCAGUAUUAGUUCAUUUUUUUUGCAGCUGCUGACGACUUUGUAAAAGUAAAUCAAAGCGACCAGUGCAAAUACAGUCUGAUCGUGCAUCAUUGUGUUUCUUUUCGAGAAGAAAAUGGAACAGACUGCAGAUUUCCUCUUUUCCGUGUCACCGAGAUCGCGUGUAAUAGAUUGGGACCUCUGUUCCUCACAGUAAGGCAGGCAACCUUUAAUUGCCGUCCCUUGGCUUUGUUGUGGUGUGACGUUGAUGCUGAGAGAACCAGCCUGGAAUUACUGGAUGCCGAUGGAAGACGCGAUGGACAAAUUCGAUGAUAUGGCUUCUGUGAGCGAAUUCGACCCUAUCCAAGGAAGCAUUCCGGCCACUAAAGUGGAGAUUACCGUCUCCUGCAGGAAUCUUUUGGAUAAAGAUACAUUCUCAAAAUCUGAUCCAUUUUGUCAAAGUACCUUUGGGACCUUAAAACCCCGGAAUACAGAACCUACUACUGUAAAAAGGGGGCGUGGCUUGGCCUCCAACACUGAUUAUACACUUCGCUGGAACACCCCCAGAACAGGUACACUCCGGAUUUCUCAGGAAACCAGAUUCAGAAGCUCAGGCCAGAAAUGUGGAGCGUCUGGGCAAGUAUGUGUUCUAUAUGUACAAGGAAUUGAGACGAUUCAGUGGAGAGAGUUUGGAAGAACAGAAGUAAUCGACAACACCUUAAAUCCCGACUUUGUACGGAAGUUCAUUCUCGAUUACUUCUUUGAAGAACGACAAAAUCUCCGAUUUGAUUUGUAUGAUGUUGAUUCAAAAAGCCCAGAUUUAUCAAAACAUGAUUUUCUGGGACAGAUGUUCUGCACCCUGGGGGAGAUUGUGGGCUCAUCAGGAAGCCGAUUAGAGAAACCACUAAUCGGAAUUCCAGGAAAGAAAUGUGGGGCAAUCAUACUGUCAGCUGAAGAACUUGGGAAUUGUCGGGAUGUUGCAACAAUGCAAUUCUGUGCCAAUAAACUUGACAAGAAAGAUUUCUUUGGAAAGUCUGAUCCUUUCAUGGUUUUCUAUAGAAGUAAUGAAGAUGGAACCUUCACAAUUUGCCAUAAAACAGAAGUGGUGAAAAAUACCCUGAAUCCUGUGUGGCUACAGUUCUGUAUUCCAGUGAGAGCCCUCUGCAAUGGUGAUUAUGAUAGAACAAUCAAGGUGGAGGUAUACGACUGGGACAGAGAUGGGAGCCAUGACUUCAUUGGAGAGUUUACAACAAGCUAUCGAGAACUUGCCAGAGGCCAAAGUCAGUUCAAUGUUUAUGAGGUAAUAAAUCAAAAAAAGAAAAUAAAGAAGAAGAAAUAUGUUAAUUCAGGAACAGUUACAUUGUUAUCUUUCACAGUUGAAUCUGAGCAUACAUUCCUCGAUUAUAUUAAAGGAGGAACACAGAUAAAUUUUACAGUGGCUAUUGAUUUCACAGCUUCUAAUGGAAAUCCAUCUCAGUCCACCUCAUUACACUAUAUGAAUCCUUACCAGAUGAAUGCAUAUGCAAUGGCACUGAAAGCAGUGGGGGAAAUCAUUCAGGACUAUGACAGUGAUAAGAUGUUUCCAGCUUUGGGAUUUGGAGCUAAACUGCCUCCUGAUGGAAGAGUUUCACAUGAGUUUGCUUUGAAUGGCAACCCUGACAACCCAUAUUGUAAUGGUAUUGAAGGAAUUCUUGAAGCAUAUCACAGGAGCCUCAAAACAGUGCAGCUUUAUGGACCAACAAACUUUGCACCAGUGAUUAACCAUGUAGCAAGAUAUGCAACAGCAGUACAAGAUGGCUCACAGUACUUUGUUCUGCUCAUUAUAACAGAUGGAGUUAUCUCAGACAUGGCACAGACUAAAGAAGCUAUUGUUAAUGCUGCUAAGCUUCCGAUGUCAAUUAUUAUUGUUGGAGUUGGACAAGCAGAAUUUGAUGCAAUGGUGGAAUUGGAUGGUGAUGACAUCAGAGUAUCUUCACGAGGGAAACUUGCAGAGAGAGAUAUUGUACAGUUUGUGCCAUUUCGAGAUUACAUUGACCGCACAGGAAACCAUGUGCUUAGCAUGGCUCGACUGGCUAAAGACGUUCUGGCUGAGAUUCCAGACCAGUUUAUUUCCUACAUGAAAACCCGAAGCAUCAAGCCCAAUCCUGCCCCACCACCAUAUACACCUACAGGCCUUGGUGUCCACACACAGAUCUGACAAGCAUCAUUUCUGGGAUACUUAAACUUGCCAGGAACGGCUUGUGAUGUUUAAUGUGUUGAUUAUUCAUCUGCUGUAGCCAGAUGCCAAGAAAGCAGAACAUCUUGAGAAGUUUCUUGUACUCAAUCGUAAGAUUUGUUCUACAAGUACAAUAUUGUUGAGUGAUUGAGGUUAACCAAAAUAAAGGGUCCCGAUCCAUAUUCUUUGAAGACAGAAUAACAAAGAGAGUUGUGAAGACUUCUGCUGGAGUUUCAGAAGGGUUUGACUGUGAGUCCACUCAAGGAGUGAAGUUGGAUAAAAUGUGUGGAAUAUAGUGAGUAGAAAAUGCGGAAUAAGUUGAGGACUUGCAGAUGGUUUACUUACUGAAUAUUUUGAUGACAUUGGUACCAUUUAAAAAUUGUCUGUUUUGUCUCUUGAAGUUUACAAAUUGAUUCUUUGUACAAUCUGAAUGGUUUAUAUAAUACAGAAACUCUUUUAGUCAAUUGUUUGGAAAAUCAAUAGGAAUUUCUCAUGUUUCAUUGUUUACUGCAUCUUACUAGUGGGUUUUUUUUGUAGCUUUAGUGAUUAGUUUUAGAGUUCCUUUAGGCCAAACGAGUUAAAAAGAAUUAUAAACUGCUCAAUGUAAAUUCUAUAGCCUGAGCUAUACCAGACCAUGCAAAUACAAUAGAUAUGAAAUUGAAGGUUAUAAUUACAGUUAUAAAGAAUGAUUUAUUUGAUCUGCUUUGCACAAAGUAGAGUACUUUCUCUUUGACAUAAAGAACAGAAAUUUCAACUUCCACAUGUGUGUAAACUGAGCAGCGUUUGGCCACCUAUAACACAAGGUGUUAAUAACUUUAGUAACUAAGUGAUUGAGGAAAACUGUAAAUGGCAUCUUUAAAAUCAUUCAAAUUUCUAGUUUCAAUAUAAUGUCUACUUUUUGUGAUACAUUGUUUAAUCUUAAUUUCAAAAUUCACAUUAUACAGUUACUAUCUGUUAAUUUCAACAUCAUGAACAUGGCAUUAACAACAUUGGUAAUAACAUUAACAUUUAAAAAACUAUGUGGAUUAUUCAUUCAGACACCAUUUACAGUUCCCUUCUAUCAUGCACAUAACUGAAGUUUUAAAUUGCCCAAGGAGUUGAGAAAAAUCUUGGACAGUUUGCCUGGCUGUCCUUUCAAUUGGCUCCAAUAGAAAAGGGGAUCAAAUGGGUAUCCUACUGAUGCACUAUUGCUCCCCUCCAGUUGAAAAUUCUGCUUGAAGUGGGUAAAUUUUCAAUUGUGCUUAACUUAGGAUUGUACUAAAUCAAACUUUAUUUGAAUAUGGAUUAUAAAUCAGAUCAAUACAGUAAUUUCUGUCAUCCAAUCUAGCCCUAAUCCUGUGGAAAAAAAACAUUCUAUAAUACAUUGACAAUCAAUAAAUAGAUUGUAACAAACGUUUUGUAUGUAGAUCUAGUUAGAAGCACAAUUACUGCACGAAAAACACUGCAGCAUAAUUACACUGAUUUGUAGCUUGAUUCAAAAUUAUCUUUAAACAGUGAGAGUUUAUAUUUGCAUGCAAAUUAAUGUUUUAUUCUUAAUGCGGCCUUGUUAGUUUAAGAUGUAUGUGUAUCCAUUCAUUUGGACAGACCUAUUCUGUGGCCUGCCUUUUUAUCUAUCUCAAAAUCAGAUCUUUACAUUUUUGACACUUGUAUAUUGUUCUCAAUAUAACAUUUCUGAUAUAGCUUCACACAGAACCUUAAGUCAGUAAGUGACUGUGUAAAGUUUUUUUUAUUUUUAAAACAAUUUGACAAUCUGACUAAUCAAAGGUGCAAAAAAGAUAAUAGGUUCAACUUGUGGCACUUCGUAUGUGCCAUUCUUGUAGAACAACCAAACUGCUGGCCUAUCGAAAUGACUAAAAAAAAAUUUUCCCUUAUUUCCAGCAUUGGUUGCAUUAGAUAACAAUGAGAAAUCUGCUUAAUCUAACUCUGGACAGCCUCAACUGUACAAUUACAUUGCAUGUUCUGAUCCUUACUAAUGCACAAGAUACUCAGUUUUCUUGCAGUACAAAAGGCUACAGCGAAAUUCUUGAUGAGCAAUGUUACUUUGGAAGAACAAAUGUUAUAACUGUGAAACACUGCUUGUCAAAAGACUGUUGCAUGAACAAAACUGCUGAGCAGAUUUUUGCCCUGAAAGACGGCAUUCAGAUCCCAAGAGCUUUUUUUAACCAAGUCUCUUGGCAGAAUGAGAUCUACAUGCACAACAUAUUCGAUCAAUCUGUUCUCUACUUACUGACUAUAGAGAGUAGAAUCAGCAUAAUUCUCAUAUUUAGAUCUUGAUACUGAUGGUGAAGUACAUAUCAAAGGCUCAGAAUCAGUUUAGAAAAUGGAAUUGGACAUUGCCUUCGUCAAAACUAGGCAGAAAAAUAUAAACCACUUAGUCUAUCAGGAAGGACCAUUUUUCCGUCGUCUCAAUAGUAGCCUGAGGCAUCUAACUGAAGCAAAUCCACAAGCAAACCCUAUAAAUUCAUCCUGUUACAUCAAUUUCAUGUUAAUUGGGGCAAGUUUACCCAUCAGUUGUGGAAAGGACAAAGAGAUUGUCCAUGUGCCGUACAAUGUCAUGUAUUGGGAGCUGGGAUCUCAAAUAUCGUAGAUCUUCUGGUCUUUGGAUUGUUGAUAUCUGAAGAUAUGGCCUAAGAUGGAAUCCAGUGGAAGUGCAACUUGCUGACAUUGGUGGGAAUUGUCCAUGAAAUUUGAACUUCAAAUCGACAAAUCUGUAACCAUCUCCAAAAGGUUUCCCUCUCUUUGUUUGAGUAGGAAACUUUGGUCAGUUCUGAUGUAUUUACUUGAAUAGUUUCCAAGAAAAUGCUAGUCAGAAAAAAAUCCUAGUCUGACCCUAGGAUAACCACACAACUGACUUCCCCAAUCUCUCACUCUGAUCCUUUAGUUCCCCACUUGACACCCCAACUACUCUCCUGCUUCCCUGACAAUCCCUGACUUGACUAUCCUCUGACCACAUGAUUAACAUCCCCAAUUGCCUGACUAACACCCCUGACUCAACCUGACUAUCCCAAUUGACCAUCCUAUCCACUGCCACCUCACUCACUUGCCAUGAAGCCAUUUGUAUCACCACCUUACUCAUUUAUGCCUACCAAAGUCACUCAUUCAGAAACAUUUAUAUUGGACAUAAAACUCACCAUACAGCAGCUAGCACUGCAAAAAGAGAACAUGGUUUGUCCUUGUAUCCCUUUCAUCUCAUGACACUCCUGCAGCUCUUUAACUGACAAUAAAAUCCAAAUUUCUGAAGAGACCGGGCUAGGAACACCCAACUAGAAAGAAGAACCAGUUUAGAUAGACAAACAUAACAGCAGAGCAGCAAUCAAACGAUGAUUGUCACUCUACAGAAGAUUGGGAUCAUCAAGAAUCAAUAUUAGCACAAUAGACUUUACCUGCAGAAUGUUAAUACUUGUUCCCAAUCUACAAAUUGCAUCUAUUCCAGCCAUAAACUAUAGCUCUUAGGCAAUAUUAUUGUCUUGGAUACCAACUUCUCGGAAAUAUUUUUGAAUUAAGCAAAAGCA